ACGGAAUCAUAACGAGAAUCGGAUAAUAGUAGGCCUCUUCAGCAAAGUUGUAGAGAAUAGAGUUAAUUUGGGUGACGAUUAAACAUUUCAUUGUUGAUAGCGAGUCGUCCGCGGUAUGGAGGAGAAACAAAAUGGCGUCGCUCCUGACAUUGGACCCGACUUCGACGUCGAGUUCAAACAGGCGAAUGGGAAGAACGGAACGGUGAAUGGGGAGGUCAAUGGCUCCGUCAACGGGACACUGGUCGAAUCUAAAGAGAAUAAUAACGACUACGACAAGCAUGGUGGUGAUGACGAUAAAAUUGAUGAGAAAGAAGAGGAUAAACCCAAAGUAGCUAUGACAAGACUGUUUCGCUAUGCAACAUCGCUGGAUGGAUUUCUGAUGUUGAUCGGGUCGGUGGCUGCAAUCGUUCACGGCUGCGCCUGGCCUGUGCUCAAUAUCAUCUUCGGUGAGCUCGUCGACAGUUUCACCGACUUCGCAAAGAACGGUACCAACGUAACGACGACGUCCCCGACGGCGUCGUCGAACCCUGCGAAGGAUUUCGAUGACCAGAUGCAGCAGUAUGCUGUAAUCUUCUCUCUCAUCGGGGUGGCGACCGUUUGUUUUGCUUACAUUCAGAAUUCUAUGUGGACACUGGCUUGUGAGCGGCAGAUCUACAAGAUUCGCAAGGCAUUCUUUGACGCCAUUUUGUACCAAGAAAUAGCAUGGUUUGACGUUCAUAAAAGUGGAGAACUCACAUCAAGAUUAGCAGAUGAUAUGGAGAGAGUGAAGGAAGGACUAGGAGACAAAAUAUCAAUCAGCAUGCAAUAUCUCGCCAUGUUUUUCGCAGGUUUUGCUAUCGCGUUCUUCAAGAGCUGGGAGUUGACGCUGGUUCUCCUGUCAAUGACGCCGCUGGUAGCCAUUGCUGGAGCAUUCAUGUCUAAAAUUCUGACAUCGUUCUCGAAGAGAGAGCAGGAAUCGUACGCCGAUGCAGGUAGCGUGGCCGAGGAGGUUCUCUCUUGUAUCAGGACUGUGGUCGCGUUCGGAGGAGAACAAAAGGAGGUCGACAGGUAUGGGAAAGAACUUAAAACAGCACGUAAUCUUGGCGUCAAGAAGGGAAUGACAACCGGCAUUGGAAUGGGAUUUACAAUGCUUGUCCUGUAUGGGUCCUACGGCCUGGCAUUCUGGUAUGGACCCACGUUAGUGGCAGAGGGACGCCUGACGGGUGGCGAUGUGAUGACAGUCUUCUUUUGCGUCAUGAUUGGGGGCUUGUCUCUUGGUAACAUUACCCCAUCGCUCUCAGCUAUCACCACAGCCAGGGGAGCCGCCGUCAUUCUUUUCGGCAUCAUUGAUGCUACACCAGAAAUCGAUGCUCGGUCCAAGAAAGGGGUCAUUCCACCGAAGAUGACGGGCAACAUAGAGUUCAAAGGAGUGAAGUUCUCGUACCCCACCCGUUCCGAUGUACCGGUUUUGAAAGGGGUAGAUCUGAGUAUUAGCAAGGGGCAGACCGUAGCCUUGGUGGGGUCCAGCGGAUGUGGCAAGUCUACGAUCAUCAACCUCCUUCUCAGGUUCUAUGAUAAACUAUCUGGAAAGAUUUCAAUUGAUGGAAAUGAAAUCACCGAGAUUAACCUCCGCUGGUUGAGAGAGAAUAUCGGUGUCGUGAGCCAGGAGCCGAUCCUCUUCAACUGUUCCAUUGAAACCAACAUAUCUUACGGACGAGAUGGGGUCACCAAGGAAGAGAUCAUCCAGGCUGCCAAGAUGGCCAAUGCCCAUGACUUCAUCUCUAAACUGCCAAAGGGUUAUGAUACAAUGGUUGGUGAGCGUGGAGCCCAACUGUCUGGUGGUCAGAAGCAGAGAGUAGCCAUCGCCAGAGCUCUGGUCAGAAAUCCACCCAUCCUUCUACUGGACGAAGCUACCUCAGCCCUGGACAGGGAAAGCGAGAAGGUCGUUCAACAGGCUUUGGAUAAGGCCUCCGAAGGUCGCACAACCAUCGUGAUCGCUCAUCGACUGACCACCAUCAGGAACGCCGACGUCAUCUACGCCUUCGAAGGCGGCAGAGUCGUCGAGUACGGUAAUCACGCCGAGUUGAUGAAAAGAGAUGGGGUGUAUAAACAGCUUGUGACACUACAAACUCUCGAUGGGGCAGGUGAACCGUCCGAAAGUCUCAAAGAAAAGAUGGCAUCCAUCAGUUCACCUACCCGCCAAAUGUCACGGCAGGCAUCCAGACAGGUCUCAAGACAGAUGUCACGCCAAAUCUCGAACGCCAGUAGUGGUAAAGGCAGUCAAGUCGAUGAGGAGGACGAAAUAGAGGAGGAAGAGGUAGAACGAGCGAGUUACAUGGAGAUCUUGAAGCUCAAUAAACCUGAAUGGCCAUACAUUGUAGUCGGGAUCCUCUUUGCCGCUGUUCUAGGAAUUGCCUAUCCAGUGUUUGCUAUUCUAUUCAGCGAGGUUGUAGCGGUGUUUAGCCUCCCUCCGGACCAGAUAAAAGAAGAGGCAACCUUCUGGGGUCUAAUGUUCGUGGCCCUAGGUGGCGCCCUGUUUGUUGCUCAUACCAUGACCGGCAUAUGUUUUGCUGUAUCCGGGGAGGACCUGACCCUGCGGCUCAGACGUAAAGCUUUCUGGACCAUACUGCGUCAGGACAUUACUUACUUCGACCAACCUUCUCACAGCACCGGUGCAUUGGCAACAAGACUUUCAUCCGAUGCAUCCAACGUGAAAGGGGCAACGGGAGUUAGGUUGAGCACCGUCCUGCAGUCUUUGGUAACGAUGACUGCUGCAAUGGCUAUAGGCUUCAUCUUUGGAUGGCAGCUAGCCCUCCUCAUCUUUGGUUGUCUUCCGUUGCUAUCGGCAACAGGAGCCAUUCAGAUGAAGGUGCUUCAAGGAGCGCAGGCCAGAGACAGGGCUCUUAUUGAAGAAAGUGGAAAGAUUGCCGCAGAAUCGAUCGAGAAUGUCCGCACUGUUUCGGCUCUUAGUUUAGAAGACAGAAUGAUCAGGAAUUACUCAGAGAAGUUGGAACAACCAUACAGACAAGGUAAAAUCAACAGCCAGAUGAUAGGUCUAGGGUUUGGUGUAUCCCAAGGAAUGAUCUUCUUCGUUUAUGCCGCAUCGUUCAGGCUAGGAGGGUAUCUGGUCUCCAUUGGCGAGAUGAGUGGGGAUGAUGUUUUCAAGGUUAUCUUUGGUGUGGCCUUUGCGGGGAUCUCCCUGGGUAGAGCUAUGGCUCUACUCCCAGACUACGCCAAGGCUCGCCAUUCUGCAGAGAUAAUGCUUCAUCUCUUUGCUACCAAGCCACUCAUUGACAACUACUCCACACAAGGAGAAAAACCAAAACAAGUGGAGGGAAGGAUCGAAUACAGUAAUCUCAAGUUUGCCUAUCCAACAAGAUCUGACGUCACCAUCCUCAAGGGAUUAAAUCUAACCAUCAAACCGGGCCAGACUGUGGCUCUUGUAGGAGAGAGUGGGUGUGGAAAGAGUACUUUGGUAUCACUUCUAGAGAGAUUCUAUGAUCCAGAACAAGGCUCUGUGAGUGUUGACGGAAAAUCGAUCAAGGACCUUAACAUCCAGUGGCUUCGAGCGAACAUGGCGAUCGUGAGUCAGGAACCAACCCUCUUUGCCUCAUCUAUCGGGGACAACAUCCAAUAUGGCGUCGACGAGCCGAUGGCCAAGGCGGAUAUCGAGAGGGUUGCCAAGAUGGCCAACAUCCAUGACUUCAUUGCUUCUCUUCCUCUGGGUUACGAUACUCUAGUAGGAGAGAAAGGAGCCCAGUUAUCUGGAGGUCAGAAACAGAGAGUAGCCAUCGCCAGAGCUCUGGCUAGGAAUCCACGGAUCCUACUCCUUGACGAAGCUACUUCAGCACUUGAUACGGAAAGUGAAAAGGUCGUCCAAGCAGCUCUGGACAACGCCAUGAAGGACCGGACAUCGAUCGUCAUCGCUCAUCGUCUCUCCACCAUCCAGAACGCUGACGUCAUCGCCGUACUAAGAGAGGGCGUCGUCGUCGAGAGUGGUAGCCACCAAGAUCUCCUGAAGAAGAGGGGGCACUAUUAUACACUCACAGGGGGACUUGCUGCUGUUAGUGACGUCGAUGAGAAGAAAUCGAUGACGCGUGAUUAAGUUUGAGUCUGCGUCGUUUGUAGUCUCAACAAAUUUCUUUUCAGGGUGGGGCUGUUAUAGGCCUACUUGGAACAAACAGCCAAUUCGCAAAUUCGCAAGAUUCAGAUCAGAAUAAACUCAAUGAAGACAAAAUAAUUGCAGCUCACUUCUAUCAGUUCCUGCUACAUUUUCCUUCAAUAUUAUUUUUAUGUAAUAUCAUUUGACUGUCUUCAUUAUUUUGAUUAUGUAUUCUUACCUCAAUUGUAUUUUGUUUAUUAAUUUUGUUGAACGUAAGUUAAUAAAAUCUUAAUCUAACAAAGCCAGGUUAUUUAGACCAAUCUCGGGGGGGUGCAUUUUUUCCUUCAUAUCAGUGGGUGUGCCACAAUCACAAGAGGGCGCAAUGAUGAUUCAAUUGGGAUCUUUUGCAAUCCUCACCGACGCUAAUAUUGGGGUCCCCUAACACAAAAGUUAACGCUUAUUCAUACACUUGAUUUUUAAGAUUGAUUGUACAUUAUAGUCAAUAGAAU